UCGCGGGACUAGAUGUGGAUUGGGAUUGUAAUGGGGUAUAUAGGUUCAGGGUAUCACUUGAACCAUUACCGUCACUGUCAUCUCCAUUUCGCUUUUUGUCGUCUUAAAGAAAGAACCUCGUCCAAAAGUCCCGAUGAACGGCUUCCGCCACCUAGCCCACGAAGCAGCUGGUCUGCCCACCUCCAACCUUGACCUCGACCACAACUCUGAUCCCGACACCUGGCCGCCUAUCCUCUCUUUCAACAACUCUGAACCGCUCAUCCAGGAAUUCGGUAUCGUCUCCUGGCCCGAUUCCACUUUCACCUCCUGGGGCAUUUCCACUAUCCCCCAAUCUCUCCUCAAAUCCCGCGCCCUCGAGGACUUACUCACGAAACCAACCCCACUUCUACCUCUUCCCCCCUCCACUUCCGGUUCCUCCUCCCGCCCUCAACCCCCAUCGUCUUCCAAACCCCCUUCAAUCUCCAGCACCACCACCACCACCUCCGCUGAUAUCAAACCCAAACCCAACCCCAAAGCCUUCCUCCGCCUCCUACACAUCCCCCACUCCCCCCACCGCUCCUCCUCCCUCCUCAUACCCCCUCCCCUCCUCCUCCUCCUUUUUCGCCAUCUCAACCUCGACCCCCACGCCCUUUACCUCCACCACACCCACACACCCGGCUUGCACGUUCUCAACUGCCACAGCCACAGCUCUACUUCCUCUUCUUCCUCCCAGGGAAAACUCGGGCCGUCAGAUGAACAGACACAAAGGUUCUACAUGCGCUCCAACGACGUUACCACCAUCUGGAGCUACAACGUCUUGCGCAGAGUUACACUGGGUAUCUGUCUAGUGGACGAAAGGAUGAAGUACAAGUUUGCCGUUGUCAAGCAUCAUAUUUGGGAGUUCCGAGAUGUGUUGGCGGGUGCGGGGGGGUGUGUGGUGGUGGUGGCGGAUGUGGCGAGGGGUGUUGUUUGGAGGGGUGAUGAUGUCUCUGGACAAGGGGGGAGGGAAGAAAAUGGGAGGGAGAUGAAAAUGAAGAACGCCAGGGAUGGGGAAGAAGAACAACAAGGGGCAAAGGCCUCGGAUGAAAUAUACACGGACGCAAUGGAAUUGUCGCCGGUGUUGAUGGAGACGCUGUCGAGACGGUGUAGAGAGCUGGGAAGGGUGGUCACCAAGGCGCAGGAGGCCAAGUCGGCGCUUAGAUUGGCGUUGCGGAUGGCGAGGCAGCUGAAGGGGCGGAAACUUUGGCGAAGACUGACUUUUGGUGCUGAUGCUGUGGAUCCUGUUACGGAGGAAGCGAAUGCCGAGAUUCGUCUUGUGGUUCGCGAGCUUAUUAUUCCUCAACUUAAAGCUCGUAUCUUUGGUUGGACUUGUCGCCAGAAAGAGGCAGUGGUGUGGACCAACGUGCUUAUGGCGAGAAUCUCGCGCACUGAUGCAUCUACAAACCACCGAGAGGCCUCCUCUAUGCGUGUCAUAGCCGUCAUGACCAUGGCUUUUCUGCCGGCGACUUUCUUUGCUACGCUUUUUGCGUUGCCGGCUUUCAGGUGGGAGGCUGUCGACGGUUAUGACUCUCCGGGUCGAGGGGGCGGAGAAGGCGGAGGUGGAGGUGGUGGAAGAGGAGAAGGAGACGGGGUUGUUCAAAAGAGUUUCUGGAUCUGGGUAGCGUUUUCGGUACCCAUGACGGUGGUGGUGUUUCUGGUUUGUAGUGUCACAAGCUCAACGUGGUGGCUGGAAUGGCGGAAGGAGUGGUGGAGGAAGUUGCGGCCUAGGAGAAGGAGGUGGUGACUUGCUAUUCGGGGCUGUGUGAACACUCAGCUGUCUAAGGGCUUUGCGUCCUUCAAAUAUUUUGAUCCGGGCAUAGAUGCCGCUUAUUUUCUCCAGAGCACAUUUUCACUUUAGUCUUUCUCCAUGUGUCAUAUGGCGACCCCGUGUCUGUCCAAUGAAGUGUACCCUAUACCCAAAUCAGCGUCAUGUUUGGAAGCGUAUCCCUCGCUUUGUUAUCUGAGUUGUUGAAAACGACUCCAUUUUCGAGACAGAUAGCAAUGUCGAGUAGCGACGUUGAGAUUUCGUGAUCAUGGUAUACCCAAUGAGCUGGAAGUGGGUAUUUUUGAGGCUCAGCUGCGCCACGGCUUUAGUUGGGGCUGAUCU